AUGGUCUUUAAACUGAAGCACAAGCCGGCGCGUGGCGGAUCAAUGCGUGGUUGGCCGGCGAAAUUUAGGAAUUUCUUCAUGGAUUCCAAGAGAAGGAGAAAGCAGGUCUUUACACUAUUUUCACUCGGAGGAUUAGUAUUCCUCCUCUAUAUCUUAGGUGGUCUUUUCGGGAGAAGUCAUACUUCGAAGGCCGCUGCUCCCCAGAAGGUGCAUGGUUACUAUCUGAACGACAUUCAAGCCAAGAUGCCACUUAUCUUUCCUAAAGUUCAAGACGCGCCAAUUCUCAAGGAAUUGAAGAUCAAAGGUCUUUUCAUAUUGAGAAUUGAUGUGAACAAAGUGGGGCGUUAUGUUUUGAAAGAAAGUGAGCCUCCCAUGACAGAAAAAGAAAAGGCUGAAAUAACUGAUUCAAAAGCACUUGCCAAGAGAAUGUUUUUAGACCACGGCAAAAUGGUUUACAGGAAGCCUACAGACUAUCCAGAAGUCGUCAUUGUUACUUUGAUUGAUUUUGACUACUAUGAUCAGCAGUCGUUGCUCAAAAUCGUACAAAACAGGGUCAACUACGCUGUCAGACACAAGUACGGUGUGUAUGUCCGUUGGGCUCAAGAGUUCAUUCCUGCUGUCCAGAAGCAGAAUGUCAAAGACUCCUACGACUCUUUUAAGCCGCUGAUAAUGAGAGCUGCCAUUUAUGCCUUCCCACAGGCGAAGUAUUUCUGGUUUUUAGACCAAGACGCGUUGAUUGCACAGAAAGAUAUUUCCUUACAAAGUCACCUUCUAAAUUCUGAAAUGCUUGAUGCCAGCAUUUUACGCAGCGUUCCAGUUGUUGCAAAGAGUAACAUUAAGACUUACGAACAUCUACCAGUUGAGAAUGUCGAUAUUAUUUACCCUCAGACCAAUGACGGAGAAAUAGAUACUUCUUCGUUCAUCGUCACUCCAAGCGUCUACAGUAAGGCGUUCUUGGACUAUUCUGGCGACCCUCUUGUGCGGGGUUUCGACUGGAAUUCUGACUCUCACUGCAUUGGUCAUAUCUUGCAGUGGCAUCCUACUCUUUUGGCCAGAACUGCCCUUGUCGUGCCCAAGACCAUUGCUAGUGUAUUUGACCCAACUCAAAGUACGAACAAAAAACUUGAUGCCCAAACUCUACAUUAUACCGACGGCGAUCUUGUUGUCUCCUUCAGCGGCUGUAGGGAAAGAGGCAGCUGUGCACAAGACGUUGGGACCUUCUACGAGCAUAUUGAAGGAAACCAAGAAUGA